AUCACAACCGCGGCUCCCUCUUUCCCACGAAGGUGCCUCUGUUGCUCCAUAAAUAUAACGCCGUGCGCUAUAAGAGCUGCAGAACGUCCGUCCCGGGGCAUUUCUGGCAGGGCGCGAGGAGCCGCAGCAGGUGAGGAUGGCAGCGCCCGGGGGCCAGCCGCCGCCGCCGCCCGAGUUCGGCUGCAGCUACGUGGUGUCGCGCCCGGUGUACAGCGAGCUCGCCUUCCAGCAGCAGCACGAGCAACGCCUGCACCCGCGCCGGACGCUGCGCGAGAGCCUGGCCCAGCGCUGCAGUUGUUCAAGAAAGAAAGCCAUUGGUGUUCUGAAGACCCUCCUGCCCAUCUUGGACUGGCUCCCCAAAUACCGAGUCAAGGAGUGGCUGCUUAGUGAUGUCAUUUCAGGAGUCAGUACUGGGCUAGUGGCUACACUGCAAGGCAUGGCGUAUGCUCUACUAGCUGCAGUGCCGCUGGGAUUUGGUCUAUACUCUGCCUUUUUCCCUAUCCUGACGUACUUUAUCUUUGGAACAUCAAGACACAUCUCAGUUGGCCCUUUCCCAGUGGUCAGUUUGAUGGUGGGAUCUGUUGUUCUGAGCCUGGCUCCCGAUGAACGCUUUCUUAUAUCCAGUGAUAAUGGAACUGCAUUAAAUACUACGGUCAUCGACACUGUAGCUAGAGAUUCAGCAAGAGUGGAGAUUGCAAGCACCUUUACUCUUUUGGUUGGAAUCAUACAGUUGAUAUUUGGAGGUUUGCAGAUUGGAUUCAUAGUGCGGUACCUGGCAGAUCCACUGGUUGGUGGCUUUACAACUGCUGCUGCCUUCCAAGUCUUGGUCUCACAGCUAAAGAUUGUCCUCAAUGUUUCAACCCAAAACUAUAAUGGUGUUCUCUCCAUUAUCUAUACUCUGAUUGACAUUUUUCAAAAUAUUGCUGAUACCAAUCUUGCUGAUUUCAUUGCUGGAUUACUAACCAUUAUCAUCUGUAUGGUAGUUAAAGAAAUAAAUGAUCGAUAUAAACAUAAAAUACCAGUCCCUAUUCCUAUAGAAGUAAUUGUGACAAUAAUUGCUACUGCCAUUUCAUAUGGAGCAAACCUGGAAAAAAAAUACAAUGCUGGCAUUGUUAAAUCCAUCCCAAGGGGGUUUUUGCCUCCUUCACUUCCACUUGUGAACUUAUUUUCUAAGAUGUUGACUACAUCAUUUUCCACUGCUGUAGUUGCCUAUGCUAUUGCAGUGUCUGUAGGAAAAGUGUACGCCACCAAGUAUGAUUACACCAUUGAUGGAAACCAGGAAUUCAUUGCCUUUGGAAUCAGCAAUAUAUUCUCAGGAUUCUUCUCUUGUUUCGUGGCCACCACUGCCCUGUCCCGUACUGCUGUCCAGGAGAGCACAGGGGGAAAGACCCAGGUUGCUGGUAUUAUCUCAGCUGGAAUUGUGAUGAUCGCCAUUGUUGCCUUGGGGAAGUUACUGGAACCCUUGCAAAAGUCGGUCUUGGCAGCUGUUGUAAUUGCCAACCUGAAAGGGAUGUUUAUGCAGGUGUGUGACAUUCCUCGUCUGUGGAGGCAGAGUAAGAUUGAUGCCGUCAUCUGGGUGUUUACAUGUAUAGCAUCCAUCAUUCUGGGGCUAGACAUUGGCUUGCUAGCUGGUCUCAUAUUUGGAUUGCUGACUGUUGUCUUCAGAGUUCAGUUUCCCUCAUGGAAUGGCCUUGGAAGCAUCCCAAGCACAGAUAUUUACAAAAGUACCAAGAACUACAAAAAUAUUGAAGAACCUGAGGGAGUCAAGAUUCUUAGAUUUUCUAGUCCCAUUUUUUAUGGCAACGUUGACGGUUUUAAAAAGUGUAUCAAGUCCACAGUUGGAUUUGAUGCCAUUAGAGUAUAUAAUAAAAGACUGAAAGCACUGAGGAAAAUACAGAAACUCAUCAAAAAAGGGAAAUUAAGAGCAACUAAGAAUGGUAUUAUUAGUAAUACUGGCACAUCCAACAAUGCUUUUGAGCCUGAUGAAGAUAUUGAAGAUCCAGAAGAACUUGAUGUUCCAACCAAGGAAAUUGAAAUUCAGGUGGAUUGGAACUCUGAGCUUCCCGUCAAAGUGAAUGUUCCUAAAGUUCCAAUUCACAGCCUUGUGAUUGAUUGUGGAGCUGUAUCUUUCUUGGAUAUUGUUGGAGUCAGAUCACUGCAAAUGAUUGUCAAAGAAUUUCAAAGAAUUGAUGUCAAUGUGUACUUUGCAUCACUUCAAGAGCAUGUGAUUGAAAGACUGGAAAAAUGUGGCUUUUUUAAUGAUAACAUUAGAAAGGAUAUAUUUUUUCUGACUGUCCAUGAUGCUGUUCUCCAUCUACAGAACAAGGCAAAGACCCAUGAGAUUCAGGAUUCUAUUUUAGAAACGAUCACCCUAAUCCAAGACUGUAAAGAACCCCUUGAAUUAAUGGAAGCAGAGCUGAUGGAAGAAGAACUCGAUGUACAGGAUGAGGCUAUGCGUAGACUUGCUUUCUGAAAGUGGACAAGUGGACUCAGGAUGUUCCUCAAAGAAAUGACUGCAAGACAGUUGCAACGCAAUGUAAUUCUAUGCAAACAUUUUCUGCAUUGGCUAUUUCUUCAGAUUUGAAAUCUUCAUUUUUUUUCCAUUAAUAUAUUUUUUUGUAUAUGCCAGGUAUCAAACUUUAUACAUGUUAACGAUGCAUUUUAACACUGAGCUAUAUACAUCUCAACCUCUACGUUAUCUUCUUGAUUUUGACAGUUUUUGUUAAGGCUCUUGGCCGUUGAAAGAGAAGCACAAACAUUAUUUCUAGACUUUAUUUAUAAAAUAAAUUACUUACUUUUGAAAUAUGCCCAAUGGUGAGGAGAAUUACCUAGGUGAUUUAGAAUAUCCAGAAUCUGUGGUAUGUUCCCAAAUCCCCACAACCUUGCUAAUAGUCUCUUCACAUGGUCCAGUGCUGUGAGGGGAGCAGUGACCCAAUGGCGACUGGGGGAAGGUGAGUCUGAAUAACCUUGAUACUUGAGUCUCACUGAUCACUGUCUAGGGUCACAUGAGGAAAUACUGAAAUGCAGUAAUCAAUGAAUGCACUUAUUUAGAAAAGCAGUCAAAAAUCACCCAGCAGAUAUAUAAAAAAAUUUUUUUUAAAAAGAAAGAAAAUUUUGUAUUUAAUAAUGAAGUAUUUUUAUAUAUGACUACAUAGAGAAUCAAAAUUCAAAGCUACAGAACUGAGCGGAUAUAUUCCCGAAACAUUGAUUUGAAGACAUGAAGCAAUAAGCAUUCUUCUGGUUUAUAGUAAUCAUUUUUGGGACCUGAUACUAAUCAUGGGUCACAAUUAAGAUCAAGUUAAAUAUACAACAGUCUAUUUUUCCAGAAAAAGCAUUUUUAAUUUAUCUUAGUUUGUAAAAAUGGUUUUUGUAU